AUGUCUGAUAUCCCAGUCGUUGCUGCGACCGUUUUCCGCACUCCGUCCCCGUUACUAGCUCCCCCAAUUCCUCACAGCCCUCGCAACUUUCCACUCCACGAAAUCCGUGACCUAGAUGUCGAUGUGAUUCUCGAUCCUCGACUUCGAUACAACCCUUUCAGAUUCUUUCCUGUUCACACCUUGCCAGUGACUCCUCCAGCCAAUCCGCCGUCUCUUCCGCGCCGAAUGUUCGAGUCGGUAUUCAUAGACCUGGUCGAUCGAUUAAGGCAUCUCCUUGCCAUGCUCAGUGCUGGGCAGCCUAUUUAUCAUCAACUUGAUGUUGUUGAGUUUACCCUCAACUCUGUCUGUGACUGGUUCUAUGUAUACCAGGCUUUCGAGUAA